CUGAAAAGACAGUUUUGAAAACAAACCUCAGGUUAUUUUGUUUCGAUUUGGAGUGUGAGGGAUGUAGUGUGCAUCAUCGGUGUCAUCGCCCGCCCGUUUUAGACUGAUGAUGUGAAAGGGAGGUGAAAUAAUUUGUAAAACCGUGUCGAACGGUUCCCAAGCCCUCCGGUGAUGAUUGUCCAACGAGAUCAUCACGUAAACAAAUGACAUUUUUGACUAAAUCAUCCAGGAUGAGUGUGAAAAUAUGCUGCAUCAAAUUGUCCCUGGCUACAAGGGUGAUCGCCAUGAUAGGCCUGAUCACAUCCGUCCUGGUGCUCAUACAGAUAUUCACAGAUUUAGCCGAACAGGGCAAAACUUCCGGCACUGUAAGCAUACUGCUCGGAUUGGACAUAGAUGAAAUCAUACUGAAAGCAAAUAUGCAGAAUAACGCAGCGCUCGAUAAAUGGUUGAAAAUUGGGUAUAUGGUAUUUGCCAUGUUGUUCGCUAUAGCAAGUGCAAUUUUAAUUUGGGGUUCAAUAGUAGAAAUAAAUUAUUUUGCUUAUCCAUGGCUUGUAUGCGAAUCUUUAAGUUCGAUCGCGCAGAUUGUAUCGAUAUUGCUUAUGCUGUCAGAUUUCAACAACAGACACGAAAAAGUUGACAAUUGGUUAUUACUAUUCACAUUAUGCAAUUUAUGCAUAUAUCUUUAUUUUUGGGCGGUCGUUUUCAUGUCGCAGAAAUAUUGGGCAGAGGAAAGAAACGAGGAGGUAACUUCCAAUUCGACUCUUACGGGAGUGAGCGUUACGACUCAUAGCGAACCGUUUGAUUCUCAAGCACCGUCGCUUCCAGUAAAAUGUUGAUAUUUACACGUUAUAAGACUAAGAGCGAUGGAGGGUUUUAAAAAAAGUUCCAAUUGUUUUAAAACGUUAAAAAAUUCAUAUUAGUUUUAUAUUUAUUUAUUGUUUUGUAUUGACUUUUACUUCCAUUGUUAUAUUUGACUUCUAGUGUGAAUGCUGUUGAUUUAUUAUUUUGAAAAUAAGGGUUACAAAAAAAAAAAAAAAAAAAA